CGAUGUCGGGCGCGUGUGUGGGGGCUGGCUGGGCUCACCUCGAUCCCCGUACCAUGAACGCCGCACACACACGAUAGCAUCUAUAAAGAUACAAUGCGCGUCGGCAGCGGCAAGGACACCACACACGACUCUCUCCACGAUGUCCUCCGCGCCGAAUCCCCUCGCACACCUGCGCAACAACACGUCACCCUGGUGGUGGAAGGACAAGGGCCUGCGCGCUCUCGCGCUCGGUAUCGCGGUCGGCUUCUCGAGCAGCGUCAGCACGGGCUACGACGGCGCCGUCAUGGCCGGCCUGCAGGCCAACUCGCUGUUCAUGAAGGCGAUCGACCACCCGAGCCCUACCAAGCUCGGCACGAUCGUCGCUGCCCAGUCGCUCGGCGCGAUCCCAGGCUACAUCCCAGCUGCGUGGGCGACCGACAAGUUUGGCCGCCGGUGGGCGCUGGUCAUCGGGUACAUUAUCAUCAUCAUCGGCGCGCUCGUGCAGACCUUCACCACGGGCGGGUGGAAGAUGUUUGGCGGGCGCUUCAUCCUCGGCUUUGGCGGCAGCUUCACGGGCGUCGCGGGCGGGCCGUACACCGCCGAGAUUGCACACCCGCGUAACCGUGCCCAGACGACCGCGCUCAUCCAGACAUGCUUCUACAUUGGCAGCAUUAUCGCCGCGUGGGUCUGCUUUGGCGCAGUGUACAUGCGCCACACGAACUGGAGCUGGCGCAUGUGCCUCCUCUUCCAGAUCAUCGUGCCCGUCAUGGCGCUGGCCGCCAUCCCCUUCAUCCCCGAGUCGCCGCGCUGGCUCGUGGCCAACGGCCGCGUCGAGGAGGCGCACGACAUGCUCGCCAAGUACCACGCCAACGGGGACAAGAGCGACGAACUCGUUGUGUACGAGUUGCAGGAGAUCCAGGAGGCAAUUGAGAUUGAGCGCGAGGCAAAGGGCAUGUCGUGGACCACCUUUAUCAAGACCAAGGGCAACCGCUGGCGCUUGGCGAUCAUUCUGACUGUCGCAUUCACGAGUCAGUGGGCGGGUAACGGUGUCAUCAGCUUCUACCUCGUCACGAUCCUCCAAUCCGUCGGCAUCACCAACGCAGUCCAACAAACAGGCUACAACGCCGGGCUACAGGUGUUCAACUGGCUCGCAGCCAUCUUUGGCGCGCUCGUCUGUGAAAAGUUUGGACGGCGCAAGAUGUGGCUCACGUCGGCGAUCGGCAUGUUCUUCUCGUACGUCGUCAUCACGGCCUGCUCGGCCGCCUACGCCAACGGGCACGACCCCGCAGGGAAGGCCGUCAUGGCCAUGCUGUUCAUCUACUUCUUCUUCUACGACAUUGGGUACACUGGCCUCACGCUCGCGUACCCCCUCGAAAUCCUGCCGUUCAACCUCCGCUCCAAGGGCGUGGCGAUCCUCCUCAUGUGUGUCAUGCUCUCGUCGACCUUCAACACAUAUGUCAACCCCAUCGCCCUCGCAUCCAUCACGUGGAAGUACUACUUUGUCUUCCUCGCCGUCUUGAUCUUCGCCAUUGUCGUCAUCUACUUCGCCUUCCCCGAAACCAAGGGCCGCAUGCUCGAGGAGAUUGCAGUCAUCUUUGACGGCGACAAGGCCGAACUUCACACCCAGAACCACCUCCAUGACGAGCGCGACUUGAAGCAGGUGCCGUCGUCGCCAGACACCGAGGCCAAGGAGAUCAGAUAUGAUAACGAUAAGCGUGUCUAA